CGACUCCUUGACCGAGUUUGACUUUCUCCAUCCUGGAACCUCUGGAAUGUUGGCAUCAACUACACAAUUCCAGCGUGCGCAUUGGACAGAAGGUGGCGAGGAACACUGCAAGGAGCUUGCUGCCGCACUUCGCUGGAUAGCUCACACAACGCUUCUUCAAGGCUGCAACACCCUGAGCAGCGACAUCAAGCAAUUUGCACUCUUGUGCGAGCAGAAUGUUGAAGCACUUUGGAGGAGCAAAGCAUGGGCCGUAGUGCAAGGCAGAGAAGAGGGCUUGCAGGCAGCAGUUGGAUUGGGAGUCUCUGCUAGUUUGACAGUGCUCCGCACUCCAAGGGAAGAUGUCAUUCCAAGUGAUCCUAAUCCACUGGUUGAGGAGCGAACCCUUGCUGAACGGUUGGCUGAAAGGCUUCGAGCCAAUGCGCAUUGGAUCACUCCAGAGGCUCAUCAAAGUGGCAAACAGCUGGUCGCUGAGGCUGAUGGCCUUGCCAAGGGCAACGUGGGACACGCACAGGCACGGCCUCGAGCUGGCUCAAAAAUGGACCAGGAGCAGGUGCAAGAAGAGGAACAAGAGGAGGAACAGGAGCAGGAACAAGAGGAGGAGCAGGAGCAAGAGGAAGAGAUAGAGCGUGAGGAUGAAGAGGAGACUGCUGCUGAGCAGAAGUACUCCAGAGAAGACGAGGGUGAAACACCAUGGAGUCCAGAUCUUCUCUCUCGAGAGCCCAAAUUUCUGGAUAGCAGCUGUCCUUUUUACGCUUGUUGUGAUGGACUGUCAGUCUUCAACGGCAAGUUGCUCCAGGCGCAGAAGUGCCUGGGCUUUCCUGCCUGGUUUUUGGCAUCGCAGAACUACUUUCGACAGAAGUGGCGACUAAAAACUGUCCGAAGAUUGAAGAAUUGCAUCAUGCUGAUUGAAUGGGCACCUGGAGGCCGCACAAAGCACAUGUGGCAGAACCUUCAGGGCGUCGCCCCAGAAGAUGCACUUCAAGCUGCAAUACGAGCUUGCGAGCUCGAGGGAACUGAGGACUUGACUGAAGCACAAGCAAAGUCUUUGCUGGAGUGUAUACACGUGUCGACUGCCGGAUUGGGUGAAGGUCAAUUCAACCUGCCAAGGAGUGUGAGUGAGCUGCGACGUGUGGUGGCUGCAGAAUCUCCAGCGUGUCCUGUCCAACCUGGACGCUUCUUUUGUUUGGUGUCCCUCGUUGAAGCUGAGCACUUGCGUGCAGUGCUUCAUUUGCGACCCCCCUUUCCAAUGGGUAUCGCAUUGAGAUCGCCUGUGGCACUGGAGAGCCCGCUGGACACGAGCAAUGAUUUCUCGCUGGGUCCUGCCUUUCAGGCACAUGCUGCAGCACAACUUUCACGCUUCGUCGACUCAGAGGUCUCUUUCAGCGCUCGAGAGCUGUGCUCAGUUGAUCUCUCUAUUCAGAGCCCGCACGAUGAGCGUUUAGACUGGUGGGAACACAUACGUCGGUGUCGACGCCGGGCACAAGCACGACCUGUGCCAUCACUUUCAGUUGCAGCAUUACUGCUGCCGCCAUCGAUACGGUACAAGGCGCGGUUGGACAGCUCUAUUUCCAAGGUGAAAGCUGUACUCCGACGACGGCAGACUUCGCCCAAACAGUUGUUUGCUUUGCAGGCGGGACAGAGAUGUUUACACAUGAGUGUCAUUGACCUGGCCCGGGCGCUCCAACAAUUCGGGUUCCUUGAUCAAGCUGAAGCUGGGCGGCUGGCUCUGGCCGCGGCAAGGUUUGAGAGCCAAAGUCUCACAUCCGAUGCGAACUUGUUCGUCAGCCUGGAUAAUUUUGUUCGGCUCAUGGGAAGUGUCCCUGGAAGCUUGGUUGAAGAGCGUGAUGAUCAGCAUGACACUUCAAGCGUUAUGGCAUCCCCGAGUGCCCAAAUGGCAGAGACUCAACUCAACCUCGAGGCAGGUCGCUGGGCGAUCAAGAUAGUUCCACAUGACAGAAUGGUGGAAGUGUGGAGCUCCCGAAAGGUUCCGGGCAGUGAGGCAGGUAGUGCACGGAAUCAUGAGCAAAAUGAGUAAACGAUUGUUGGAUCCGCACUACAGUUGAAAGCCAGACUAUCCAGGCACGUCCUUUCAGC